UCAGCGAUCGUUGUGUUAACACUUGCGGUGGAUAAAAAAGAAAAUUGUGAAUAUUAAGGACAUAAAUUCAGAAUCGGUUAAUAAGUUUAGUUGUAAAGUGAUCGUCGCGAUGAUAGGAGCUGCUUAAGAUAUAAUUGCAGUGAUUUUUUUGUUUAGUGGAAGUUAAGAGAUAUUUAAGGAAGAACUUACAGGUUUUUAAUAAAUUGCUGCAGGUUGUAAAACUCUAUUGGGGCACACAUCCUAAAAAAUAUCCAAAUUAGUGACAGAACCUGAAACCUUCUGGAUUUAAUCAACAAAAUUUGUUUCUUCAAAAAACUGUAUUCAUAAAAGACAAUUGGAUAGUAAUAAAAUGAUCGUGUGACAAAAAGCCAGAUAUUGUGACUAAAAGUGACCAAAAAAUCAUAACCAGUAAAGCCAACAAAAUAAUUGAGAAAAUUAAAAUUUCCUUCGUAUAACCACGCAUAGGCAACAUCAGCAAUAAAAGGAAUUGCGUGACAAAUUGACCUUAUCAGCUUUAAACUUACUUAAAUAUUAAAACAAAAUAAUGGAUUUAAUAAAAAGAGUUCAAGAUUAUUACAAUUGGACACUCACACUCACCGAUCCUCGAUCCAAAGGAUGGCUUCUAGUCGAGACACCAUGGCCCACUUUAUGCGGUAUUAUCAUUUACCUCACAAGCGUUUAUUUGGGACCAAAAAUCAUGAGAAAUCGAAAGCCAUUCAAACUUAACAAUUUACUUGUUGUGUACAAUCUCGCCAUGGCUGCGCUCAAUUUCUAUAUAUUCUGGCAAUUAUUAACAGCUUCACUUAGACUGAAUUACAGUAUAUUCUGUGAACCUUGCAGGCAAGUGUGGACGCCGGAUGAGAUGCAGAUCGUCGAUGCAGUAUGGUGGUAUUAUUUCUCAAAAUUAUUGGAAUUCAGCGACACAUUAUUCUUCAUCCUUCGUAAAAAAGACAAUCAAUUGUCAUUUUUGCACAUUUAUCAUCACUCAACGAUGUUUGCCUUUUGGUGGAUUGGAAUCAAAUGGGUGCCAAGUGGUUCGACCGCUUAUCCCGCAAUUGUUAAUUCAUUUAUUCACGUGUUGAUGUACACAUACUAUGGCUUGGCUGCUAUCGGACCACAAAUGAACAAAUAUUUAUGGUGGAAAAGAUAUUUGACAAUUAUUCAAUUGAUACAAUUUUCUGGUGCUCUCAUUCUUGGAUUCAAUGGACUUCGUAUUGAUUGCGAGUUUCCAUUAUGGAUGCAAUACACUCUCUGCGGAUAUAUGGUUUCGUUCUUGGUCCUCUUCGGACGUUUCUACGUAAACGCCUACAUCGACGAUCACAAACAGCGACAGAAGGAGAAGCAUAAGGAGAAACUUUUAGCAAACAACAACGAGGAAACGAUAAAAGAUAAAAAUGUCAUUGUUAAUGGAAAGAAGUACGAGUAAGCUUUCUGAACUUUCCAUUCGUUCUGCUGCUGUUGGCAAAAGCUUGCUCUGCUGUUUGUUAAGAAAUGACAAACAAGGAACAAAAAAAUUAUAGUUUUCAACAGUUGUAAUAGUUUAAAAAAAGUUUAUAGACUAAGGAACAAAAAAUUGCUUGGCAAAGUUUUUAGUUUUUAUAAGGAAUACUGUUUUUCUUGCUUACUCUACACUAUAUGAUAAGUAAUUACAUUUCAACAAGCCUUGGACUCUCCUGACUGGAUGAACAAUAAGAUGAAUUUUAAUUUAAUUGAAUUACAUUUUUGCUGAGAUGAAGUUUAAUAAAGAUUAUUAUUUUUUGUGUAUAA